GAAUUAAAUAACGGGACGGAAAGUGCCGUCCGUUCGGUUUCGCUUGUUUUUUUUUGUUUGUUUAAAGGUCUCACGUGAUCAAUCGUACCGAGAGAAUCCAUGUCCGUGUCCCUCCAGCUGGCCAUCGCGUAGGUUUCUCGUUUAGGAGUCGUGUUAUAUUUCUUCAAUCUUCAACCCAUCUUCGUUCAUCUUCUUUUACUGGAGAGACCCCUCAGGAGAAGGAUAAACGCGAUACGAAGACGACAUGGGUAACUUGCAGAACGGGGCGGCGUACAAGUUCAGCGACGACCCCGUCCCACAUCCAAGCGAACCGGCCAAAUUCGACCCACUCUACGGAUUUCCGAACGGGAGGAAAGAAAAAGAAAUGAAGGCGACGCAGGAUGAGCUAUACUCGGCGAAGGUACCGCUCGAUAAACGUGACUACUGCUCCCACCUGCUCCUUGACUACCAGAAAUGCCGAAGGGCCAAUUUCCCCUUCAUCCUAAGUUGCCAUCAUGACAAGCACAUGUACUUGCAGUGCGAAUAUGAGGAUUACCUCGAUAGGAUGAAGGAUUACGAGAGGGAACGAAGGCUGAUGGAGCGCAGCAAGAGGGCCACAACGGCCGGCGCUUGAUUGUUCCCCCCAAUUAUUUUCCCUUAGUUAUUGUUUAUAAAUGUAAUAUACAAAUGCGAUAGACAUAAAUUAAUAAAAAUUCUAUAUAAAAAAGUU